CCGCCUCCUUCUCCUUCUCGGACCAGAAGCGCCUCUGGAGAUGCUGCUUUCGGGGGUCUCCGGGGCUUGAGGCGCCUGCUUCGUCGGCUGCUGCUUGGGGAGCCCGCUCCGUUUCUGCCUGCCAAUUGAGAAAAAUCAGAAUGAAAGAGGUGAUGUCUAAUAACAGCACAACAAGUAUCUCCCAAGCAAGGAAAGCAGUGGAACAGUUAAAAAUGGAGGCAUAUCUGGACAGGAUAAAGGUAUCCAAGGCUGCCGCUGAUUUGUUGGCCUACUGUGAUGCCCAUAUGGGAGAAGACCCUCUGAUUAUGCCAGUGCCCACAUCUGAAAAUCCCUUCCGGGAGAAGAAGCUCUUGUGUACUAUCCUUUGAAUUACCUAUCAAUUAAAAAUGCCCUCUGUGAAAAUACAUUACUAAUGGUGCAUGCUUUUCCUGGAGACUUCUUCCAUACAAUAACUGACUGUUAAUAAUUUUGAGAGUAGAUAUUUUAAAUGGAUAUCUAGUCUAUUGUCAUUUUUCUAUCAGUGUUAUAUUAAAUAUAUCUAUUGUCAACUGUUUGAUAAUGGAAGAAGUCGAUUUGGUUUGAGGUAUGUGAUAAUUACAUUUUCUCAGUUAGAUUUUAUGAAUAUGAUUGUUUGUGACAGAAACUGAUACCAAAAUGAGCAACAUAUACUUUCAACUUUUAAAAAUUGUUAUUUUAAGGAAGGAGAAUUCAGCAGCUAGUACGGUGCUUGACGAUAUUUUUAAACACUGGAGAUUUUCAAAAUCUAAUCUUUUCUUCCCAACCUGUUGAUAGCAGUUACUUUUUACAAAAUCAGAUACUUGCUCAGUUUUGUCUUGCCAACUGGAAGCUCCUGCCUUUGAUUUUGAUCAGAAGCGCAAUCACAGUCCAGCUUGGAGAUGCUAGGAAUCUUUUGCAUUGAGCUCCAGUCUUUUAAUUGUAUCAAAGACAAUUGCAAAUGGAGAUCCCCCUUUUAUUUCAUUACAUAGACUGCAAACCAAACUGAGUCCAUAGUGAUGUAACUCCACUGAACAAAAUGGUACACUGAGAGACUAUCAGGGUCAAUGUGGAACACAGUGUAAAUGAAAAAUUGCUGCUAGAUAUAUUUGUGGCAGUUUUUUUUAAGUAUUUAGUCUACUACAUUUAUAAUUGUUUUUUAUCCCAGGUUGGACAACAAAUACCAGAAUUCCUAGAACUCUGCAUGUUUCUAAUAUAAUGAGUAUGGAUUACUACUAAAUUAUACUGUUUAGUUUGUUUUAAGCUAUGUGCUCAGCAUUGUUGCUAUGUGACUUCAGUUAUUUUCUCUUUACCUUUUAAUAUUUUAAUAAAAGUUAUCUUGAUUUGU